GGCGUGACAGCAGGGGUGUAUUCUGGGCUCAAGAUGGAGUCUCAGUGCGUAGCAGAGGAGGGGAGAUGGGACGUCCUACGCUUGCAAGACGUCCGCCCAGUGGCAGAACAAAGAGCAGUGUAUGGCAAGGACUACGCUCACCAGGCUGUGGUAGCCAUAUCCUCGCGCAUUUUUCAUUGCAAGUGUGUACGGCAGCUCUUGCUACAUCUUGCUAGACGACAAGUCGUGGCCGCUAGCGCCAGUUCGUUCAUUCUCAGCCAGUCAGACGGUGAAGCUGCCAGAAGUCUGGAGAGGCUGUUGAAUGCUAGAUCACGCGAGCCAGGAAUUGAGGCCAGUAUAGUGGAGGGUAUCUACCUGGCUCUCUUGGACUGCUAUGAGGUGUCUGGUAAUGCGUGGUGUCAUGGUGUUGCUACCAGCGAACUUCGGCCCGUAGCGAGAAUGAAGUUAAAGUUGCCAGAUGUCAAUCACUAUGAUCUGACAAAUAUAUUGCAGAGAGUAUCACCUAUAAUGUUGCCCCCGAAGGAUGCAGACAGACUGAAUCAUGAGCUUGGGCUGAGCAACUAUGGCAGUCUCACAGAUCUCCAUAGCAUUUUUCGGAUUUCUUUUAACACCAAGAGUUUCAUUUCACAAGCUGGUGUCAGCUCUUCUGCUCACUCGACACACUGGCCGAUACCUCAGCCUUCUGUUACCCUACUGCCACAGCAACCCGCCGUGGGUUUAUGAGGUGCUACAGACACUGGGUCAGAACUGGGUUAGACUGGCAGUCUACCUGGGCUACUCUGAGGUGGAGAUUGGUGCCAUAGCCAGAGCUGGAGGGGGAGACCCCCAUCGUCAGAUACAAAUGUUCAUGAGGGUGUGGUGGAUGCCAGACUGUGGGACUGAGGAGACAGUGGGCCUUCUCAAUCAACUCACAGUUGAAAAGCUUGGUGUUUCUGAGCCAGUACGUAUGAAGGUUGGUAUUGUAAUAAUGUGCAGCCCUUACUUGUUUUCAUUAACAAAGUUUUUCGUACCACAAAAAUUCGUGAGAUAGUGAAGGCCUAAUACUGCACCAUAUAAUAUAGGACACUGGCCAUGCCCUACUCACUGCCUGUUUGGACAGCAACUGGGAGAAAGCUGAAGCUCUGAUAAAGUCAGGAUGUCAUUUGGGUGCUCUUAGUGAGGAUGGAAAAACUCCACUCAUGCUUGCAUGCUUGAAAGGAAGAGAUAAAGUGGUAAAGUUGCUCAUCGUUUCUGGAGCAGAUGUCCAAGUUAAAGACAAGAAAGGAGAAACAUGCCUGAACUACACAGAAACUCUGAGAAAUCGGGUUGUUCUUGAGCUAAUUCUGAAAGAGUAUCAGAAACUGGGAGUAUCAGUGGAUGUGGAAUCAUUGGAAACUGGGUGUUCCCCUCUCUCUACUGCCUGCAAGUGUGGAGCUGUUGCCUCUGCUGAGCUGCUCUUGAAGUAUGGUGCCAACCCAAAUGGAAAUGAAAGGCAUCGUCCUCUGGUGGAAGCAAGUGCCCAAGGUCAUAUGGGUUUGGUCAAUGCACUGCUACGAUACAGCGCUGAUGUAGACGCAACUGCAAAGAAUGGAUACACUGCACUUCUUCAAGCCUGUACCAACCACUAUUGGUACUUGGCACAAGUACUCAUCGGUGAAGGAGCUGAUGUAAACAAGUGUACAUCUGAAGGUAUAGGACCAUUAUUUGUAGCUGUGGAAGCAAAUGAAUAUGACACUGCUUCACUACUCAUAAGGAAAGGAGCUUCUGUAAAUGUAGCGAAAUUUGAGGCAGGUGCAGUAGACGGUAUAAUAGAGCUGACUCCAUUAGCUCAAGCUGCUCAACAUGGAUUCAAAAUGAUGGUGGAGCUACUGCUUGACAGUGGAGCUGAUAUCAAUUACCUCUGCUCUAAUAUGCUGCCGGCAAUUGCAUAUGCUAUUAUUGGAGAUCAUGUUGAAACAUUUCACCUGCUGUUGAACAGCCGAAAUUCCAUCAAAACUCUCCAUUGGCUAACAGCAGUCAUCAUGACCUCUGUGAGGACAGAGAAAUACUACUACACAAGAGAGCUGCUUGAUAUUCUGGGCGGACCUCGAGCAGCGGUGAUGCAGGCCCAACGGGACAGCACCGAGCCAGUGGAAAGCAUUGUGAUGUACAUGCAAGCAGUGAAUCAUCCUGACCUGGCAAUGGUUCUGCAAGACCUAGAAGAUGGGGUACCCCAGGCUAAACCAUCUCCAGUCCAUAGUCAACCAGUGCUAAGUCCAAGAGAACGGGACAAGAUAAACUCUGUCCUUACCAGUUUUUGCAGGAUCUGUGUCUCAGCCAUUUUCAAUAGCUCUGACAUAAAAGUCACACCACAGAGUCUUAUCGAGAUAGCCCGAGCCACAGAUGCAAAUGUUGCAAAUGUUCUCUACCAAGCUUUGUCAGGUUCAAUGACUGAUCAAGAACUGAGGCACAAGUUUCUCCAGGGGGAACCCUCUCCACUACGCUACCUCAUUGCACACAAGAUUCUGACUAUAGACAUAUUUCAGAUUGAGGUUUUGAAAUUCCAUCCAAAUGAUUCCGACAGUUACUUAGAAGACCUGGUUUGGACCUUUCACAACAUGAGCGGAGGGGCCCACCUACCCCGGGAUGUUCAAACAAUGCUGAACAACCUGUUCACUGGAGGAUUUACUCCAAGAACAACUCCUCAAGGAGAGAUGUACGAUGGAGACCACGGGUUUAGAGUACAGCCUCAAGUUCAACGACAAACUUCCGAGCCAUUGUCUGAUGCCAGUAGUAGAAAAACAAACUUCCUGCGGACAACAAGCUUAAAUGAUCCUCCACUGAAUGUAAAUGAGACGGAGAGCAAUUCCACUUUGCCUGGAGAAGAGAGAAACACUUUCGGAAGGGUUCAGGAGAACGUGGAAAACAGCAUCACUGGCCAGUCCCAAAGGAAUAUUCCUGACAAAGCAAGAAUCAAGAAGAUGAAAUCAUUUCAGGUCACUGGAAUCAAUGUCAAACUUGGUGGAUUUGCAUCAUAUUGUGAUAUUCAAACUUCUAGAGCCAUUCCACCUGGUAAGAAGAUUGCCCAAAUCUCCCAAAUUGCAUCGUGUAUCCAACUGGAGUUUUGUUGGGCCAAGGUGCUUACAGUGAUGUAUUGGAAGUCACAUACCGGGGCAAAUAUUAUGCAGCUAAAAAGUAUAGAAUGCUUCAUGACAACCGCGUACUUCAAUCUCUUUGUCGCGAGCAUGAAAUCCUGGCACGAAUUCGCCAUCCGAACAUCGUGUCUUACUACAACAUAUGUAGAUUAGAAGAUAAAUCAACUGUCAUAGUGAUGGAAAAAGCAGACAUUAACUUGACUGCAUACCUACUAAAAGGUAUUACUCUCCCCGUGAAGCUACGAAUCUUGUACGAUAUUGCAAAGGGACUGCACCAUCUACACAGUCAAGACCCCGCUAUCAUCCACAGAGAUCUGACAGCUGGAAAUGUGCUACUAAAUAGGAAUGGAGAUGCAAAAAUCAGUGAUUUCGGAAACUCUCGCAUCGUAGAUCUACAUGGAACACCGGAACUUCUAACAACAAAUCCUGGCACACCUGACUACAUGCCACCAGAAGCAGAGAGUGAUGCAUACAACGAUAAAUUGGAUGUCUUUUCAUACGGUCAUCUUGCUAUACAUAUCAUCAUCGCAAGGCGACCAUCCAAACUUCUAAGUUCAACCUAUUCUGUGAAUGGAAAACUAGCUGCUCGAAAUGAAGUUCAACGACGUCACAAGUAUUUGAAAGAAGUGAGCAAAGCUUUGGAUCGUGGAGAACAGCAUCCACUUUAUCUAACCAUAGUAAAAUGUCUUCAUAAUGAACCACAUGAUAGGCCUAGUUGUAAAGAUAUUAUAUCAAAUGGUAUUACAAGUGGAAUUUUUAAAUAAUUCUCCAGUGGUAUCUUAAUGUGCAGCUGUGACAGUGACGGUGCAAUAAUUUUAGAUGGUACAAAAAAGAAAAUUUAAAAUUUGCAGGUUUUAGUGACAGAAAAAAAAUCAGUUAAUACAGGCCUGUUGCAUGCAUCAUUAUCCAGACAUGAUUUCGUCCAUUGUAAAAGUGGCUGUAAUUCGCCAUUCUCAAUUUUGACAGUUAGUUUAGUAACAAACCUUUCUCGACGUGCCAAUUCGGAUCGCGCCAUGUGCUGUCCAUUUUCUUUGUAUACCGCUUUCUCUAGGGGGUGAGGUUGAUACCGCAAAACUAUGUACAUAAGCAAAUGUCCAAAAGAGAAGACAUCAACUUUAGCGUCUGGAGAAUCCCCCUCAAUAGCUUCAGGAGGUAGGUAGUCGCAAGUAUAGCGAUCGUGAUGAGUGGUUACCAGAUCAACACGAGCAUUACCGUAGUCCGAAACCUUGGCUCGAAGCUCAGCCGUCAGAAGAACAUUGUUUGGGAUCAAAUCGCAAUGAAAAAUGCCUUGCUUGUGAAGAAAAAUUAAACCAUGUGCUAUAUCACAAAGAAUCGAAAGUGUCGUGCGUGUAUCGAGAUCCCUGGAGGUGUCUUCGAUAACAGCUGGUAAGCUUAGGUGAAUGAGAUCCAUAAAAACUACUGCACGUUCGCUAUUGUCUGGGUCUAUCUUCUUAUAUACACCAUGAUAGGUCACUAGGUUGUCGUGUCUGAGAUUGCUCAAUUUCGAAAAAAUUGUAUUCAACUUUUCUGGAGAAACGUUGUAAUAUUCUUUUGCGGCGUAUACACUCCCCUUGUUAUUAACCUCAAACACUUGCCCAUACUUCCCACACCCAAUAGCUCUAAAGUCACAUUUGCAAUUGAAUAGAGGGGUGCAUUUAUUGGAGUCGACAUCGGGGGAACUUGAAGCUUCUGAACUUUCGGAGGAAUAGCGGGUCAGCUUUGCCAAGGGUGGUAUAACAAACGCUGACUGUGAUCCUCCUGUGCUUGACCCACUUCCAGAAGAUGAUGGCUGGACAGGUUUAUUUGAUGUAGG